GUGUGUGUGUGUGUGUGUGUGUGUGUGUGUGUGUCGGGGUCACACGGUGUGUUGAGAGUGUUGUGAGUAGAAGCGUCUAGUUUAGUUGGUGUUCAUCUUGACCUAGAAGCAGCAAGUGAUGCCCCUCCGCCGCCGUCGCUGCCGCCUGUUGACAGGCAUCCAGCAUGACUAGAUGUUGACUUGCACAAAAUGCUAAUGACGCGCGUGGCGAGACGAGGGAGGAAAGAAGAGAGGAGGACUAUGCUUGUGUGAGUGUCAACAUUGCGCCAGGUAGACACGUGGAGACUGCAGCAGAGUGACUAGUAGGAGUGGAUCUCUUGAAGAUACCAUAGUUUGCUAUAUAUCGUGAAAAGAAAAAAAAAUCUGUAGUUGUGACGUGUUUGUGUUAAAUAUUAAGGCAGUAUCAACAAAACUCAGUGCCGCAUUCUGUCUUUGAAAUAGGAAACAAAAGUGCUUACCAGUGCCCACAUUGUAGUACUAGUGCCUGUGGCUUGUGAAAAUAAGAGUACCUGGCUUCUUUCGUAAAUAAAAAAAAUACACAAGUGCCUACGGUAGAGUAACAGUGCCAGUGCCUGGUGAAAACAAGAGUACCAGUGACAGUUCAGUAAAACCCAGUGUCUGCAGUAAAAAAAAAAAAAAAAAAAAACACCUACAGUGAAAAAGAGUGCCGCUAGAUACAACAAUCAGUGCCUUUUCCAUCAGAUACACCUAAGUUAGUGUUAGUGUCAAAGCCAGUACACACGUCACAAGAUGUCGAGCAGCGGCAUAUCAGUACAUCUGGGCGGCGUGGAGGUGACAGUCCUGCCUACUGACGCCGACAACAUCACCACCAUGGGGAACUCCAGCCUCUUCGACCAGCUGUUGCUGCUCUUCCCCGGCGCCGGAGGGGUCGGGGAGAUCUACCACGGGCCGCACAAGGGAAUCCUGGCCCCAUCCACCCUUGCCGCUGAUUUCCGUGCCGUGACUCCCGGCGUGGCGGUGGGCGAUGGGGACAUGGAGGACAUCCUGAGUGCCGCCCCGGGGGAGAGGGACAACGCCCGCCACUUCGGAGCUGAGGAGGUCGGGGUGAAGGAAGCGGUAGGUGGGGAGAGUCCUUCGCCUUUGCUAUCCUGCGUCUCUCACUCUGUUUACGCCCUAGUGUAGGAUAUGACACAUACA